CAUGUCAAUCUUAUCACCUCACACAGGACAGCUCGUAGUAAAGAUGAAGGCGGACUUGGACUUUGUCUGAUCACUGCAUCCAGUUUUCAUUCAGUAAAACAUUGCCCCAAGUGAAAAGGGCAAAGCAGUGCACUGCAUUUGCCCACAUCUAAUAUGGCGGCGCUCAGCCCGGUUGGAUCGUUGACUGCUAUUUUUUUAUUUGUCACCGGUGGUUUGAUAAGCAGCUCGGACGGCAGACAAGCGGCGGAGGAGACCGUCAUCAUCGGCCUGCGUCUUGAGGACACCGACGACGUGUCAUUCAUGGAUAAAGGUUUCUUACGCGUGAGUGAGAGAUCGCGCGUGAAGUUGCGGGUCUACGGGCAGAACAUCAACAACGAGACGUGGUCCAAGAUCGCUUUCACGGAGCAGGAGCGCAGCAGCGUGUCCCGACCCGCAGACCGUCCAGCCGCCUCCAGCCAAGGGGACACUGCUGCUGCCGCCGCCUUCCAGCCUUGUGGCAUCCGAUCAUCUGAUAUCAUCAUUCUUCCCAACAUGGAUGUGAGCCGAUCAACAUCUGGCGUCAUCGAGAUAGAAGUAAAACCCCUGCGGAAAACGGAGAAGAGCAAAGUGUACUACAUGUGCAUUGCUGCACCAGCACCUGCUGCCUUGGGUGUGAAGGACGCGUGGUCUGAAAACACCUGGAUCUACCACGAGGGUUAUGACACCAAAAUGCUUGUUGUGGAAGAGAAGAAGUUCUUGCUGCCUUUUUGGCUGCAGGUAAUAUUUAUUGCAAUGCUUUUGUGCUUGUCCGGUAUGUUCAGUGGACUCAAUUUAGGUCUCAUGGCACUCGACCCCAUGGAGCUCAGGAUAGUGCAGAACUGUGGCACUGAGAAGGAAAAAAAUUACGCAAACAAGAUCGAACCAGUAAGGAGUCAAGGAAAUUAUCUGCUCUGUUCGUUGCUUUUAGGCAACGUACUCGUGAACACCACCUUGACUAUUUUGCUGGAUGAUAUUGCAGGAUCAGGUCUGAUCGCAGUGGUUGUAUCAACCAUUGGUAUUGUAAUAUUUGGAGAAAUCGUGCCGCAGGCGAUAUGCUCAAGGCACGGGCUUGCUGUUGGUGCAAACACCCUGAUUUUAACCAAGUUCUUCAUGAUCCUUACUUUUCCCGCAUCAUAUCCUGUCAGUAAACUUUUAGACCAUGUGCUGGGACAGGAGAUUGGCAUGGUGUACAAUCGAGAGAAGCUCCUUGAGAUGCUCAGGGUUACUGAUCCAUACAAUGAUUUGGUCAAAGAGGAGCUGAACAUCAUCCAGGGUGCUCUGGAGCUCAGGACUAAGACUGUAGAGGAUGUCAUGACACCAUUGCGUGACUGCUUUAUGAUUGCAGCUGAUGCGGUCCUCGACUUUAACACCAUGUCUGAGAUCAUGGAGAGUGGGUACACGCGCAUCCCUGUGUUUGAGGGUGAGAGGUGUAACAUUGUGGACCUCCUCUUUGUCAAAGACCUGGCCUUCGUUGACCCAGAUGACUGCACGCCUCUGAAAACCAUCACAAAAUUCUACAGCCACCCCCUGCACUUUGUCUUCAAUGACACCAAGUUGGACGCAAUGCUAGAGGAGUUCAAGAAAGGUAAAUCCCACCUGGCCAUUGUGCAGAGAGUGAACAAUGAAGGAGAAGGAGACCCUUUUUAUGAGGUUUUGGGUAUUGUUACAUUAGAGGACGUCAUUGAGGAGAUCAUUAAAUCCGAGAUUCUAGAUGAGACCGAUCUGUACACUGACAACAAAACAAAAAAGAAGAUAACUCAUCGGGAGAGGAAGCAGGAUUUUUCAGCUUUUAAGCCGACAGACAACGAGCUCGGGGUCAAAAUAUCACCACAGCUUCUACUGGCUACCCUGCGUUUCCUAGCAACUGAAGUAGAGCCAUUUGGCCCAGCUCAAAUGUCAGAGAAAAUCCUUCUGCGUUUGCUCAAGCAUCCCAACGUGAUCCAGGAGCUCAAGUAUGAUGACAAGAACAAGAAAAUGUUGGAGCACUAUCUCUUUCAGAGAAACAAGCCUGUUGAUUACUUCAUCCUCAUCCUACAGGGGAAGGUAGAGGUCGAGGCUGGCAAGGAGGGAAUGAAGUUUAAAGCUGGGCCCUUUUCCUAUUAUGGAAUGAUGGCCUUAACGUCAUCACCAGUUCCACUCUCCUUGUCUCGAACCUUCGUUGUCAGCAGGGCAGAGUCUCUUGCAGGAUCUCCAGAAAAUAAGUCACCUCCUCGACCUUUUGGACUGAACCACUCCGACUCGGUGAACCGGAACGAGCGUAUGGAAGCCCUCACUCCCACCCUGGGCAGCAGCAACAACCAGCUAAACACCUUCCUGCAGAUCUAUGUGCCAGACUUCUCUGUCCGAGCGGCCUCCGACUUGCUCUACAUUAAGGUGUCACGGCAACAGUAUCAGAACGCUGUCAUGGCGUCCCGCAUGGACAAGACGCCUCAGUCUUCAGACAGCGAGUUCACCAAGAUAGAGCUGACUCUAACUGAGCACCAGGACGGACCAGGACUCGAAUCGGCCUCACUGCUCAUCCAACAGCAGAACUCGACUAACACACACAAACCUAACCACAUCACACACACUGAUGGAACUAUCUAAAGGAGACAGGAAAUGAGGUGAGAGGGCUAAAAUAAUAUUCGGCGAGUGAAGUUUGGGAAGCUUUCAUUGGGCAGCUUCUCUGGGAUCAACUCAAUCUUGUGAUGAUUGAUUUUAUUUUAUUUCUACACGUAUAGACUUUUUAAAAGGGGAUAAGCGGGCAUGGUGAAAUACCACAAGAUUGGAUGCGCUCAAACAGUGAGCAGUGAAUGAUUUAGGAACCAGCAGAUGUCACUUCCUCAUCACUCAGCGACGCUCUAUUCAGAAUGAACUCACGAGAGAGUCUUGGAAGGCCGUAAUACUGUCCACCAUCACUCCGACCCAUAUUGUAACAGAGAGAACGACGAUUCCGGUCACUUCCGGUCAUCAAGGAUUUAUCACAGUCUUCUACCAGAGGUGGCAGUGCAAAGAAAAAUCAAAAAUCAGUGUUCAUGUAAAAGUCAGCUUUGAACCUGGUCGACAUCAUUCAGGGACAUGUGCGAGUGAGCAGGAGUUUCCUGCAGUGGACUUUAUUCAGCACUGGUGUAUUUGAGAGGGUGUUAUUAAGAGGAGCAGCAAGAACAAUUUUGAAGUUUAGUUUGGCAUUAAUUCAAGUUUUUCUUACCUCAGAUUCAGCAUGAAAGCUGAGUGCUCUGGAUUAUGUGUAAGCAAAGGAGAGUCUCGACUCCUUUUCGUCAUUUCAGAUUAUUUACAAAGAAUGAUAGCCUGGUAGGAAGAUAAUUUGGUUACUUAACCUUUUUAUAUGAAAGGAUGUACAUUUUGUAGGCUGGCACGAUUAAAUUGAAAUCAGGGAGCUCAAUGACAGUACAUGAAGACCAAUGCUGCUGCAGUUCAGUCUAAAUGUCCCUGACAACCUGACCUACUUAGUGAUGCUUUCAGCAGUUUGAGCAAUGAAGCCUGAAGGGAGAGUGCCACUUUGUGAUUUUAAUAUAUACAAGGGGCUAAAAUAAGCCUUUCCACAGUGUUUAGUCGUGCUAGAUAGAGCGAACAUGCAUGUGACAGAUUAACAGUUGUCAGUCAUGAUUGGGGAAAAGUUAACACCCACAGAAACGAAUGUCGUCUUUUCUAUGGCAAAGUCCUAAAGAUUUUCCACAGAAAUAGAGAGCAGUUACCAAAGCACCAAGUCUCGGAUAGUCAACCACGGAGAUGAAGCGCAACAGUUUUGUGCUUGAGUAACCGCAAAAGAAGGGAUGGACUGAUUAAACCUGUAGUGAUGAGGAUGUGGGUGUUGCAUUUCUUUGGGCUCAUAGCACUGAACCAUUCGGCUCCUGCUCGUGCCACAUUUAUGCCAGAAGUAACUGUGUCUGGGUCUAGACUGUGUGCAUGUAACGUAUACAGAUGUGCCAUUUUAAAGUAUUUGCAGUACAAAGACAUUCAGUAUGUUUACAUGUGAGGGAUUUUUCCAUGUAUUCACAUUUUACAGUGAAUAGAGCGCGAGCGUAGGUGUCUCACAUCAUAACUUGAGUUUUUAUAUGAAAAUGUUGGAUCAUUUUGUUAUCAGUAACCUUUUGGAUUCUAGUGCUUUUAAUCAUGUGUUGAACUGUGUUUUAAAAUGUGAAUUUCUUUCGUUGUUUUUUUUUCCCCCCGCGUAAACAAUUCCAGUGUUUCUAUGUUUUUUGUUUUUUUGAAAUAAUGAUUUCACAAUUUCCCCAUACCAUGUGACAUCCUGUUAACAAAGCAACAUGCUAAAAUCUAAUUAUGCCGAGGUCAGCAGUAGUUCCUUUGACAGCUUGUGAAACACAUUCAUACACGUGUUCCUUUUAUUUGUUUGCAGGCGGGGAUGGAUUUUAAAAAUGUUACUUUCCUUGAUAUUAAGUUCAGGAUUUUAAUCCAUACACUGUAAAUGAUGAUAAUUUAGCGUGCAGUGCUCCAUUUGAAUUAUCAUGGGUUAGAACCGGGGUCUCAGUCUUAAGUAUUUAUGUAGCAACCUGUCAGUGCAAUUGUAUAUCCGUUAUGCAGGGACAAUCAGCAGCAUAACAGCCCACAAAACACACUGUCAAGUGCCCUUGUGAACAGGAAACAGAAAGUCAACUGAUAUGUUAUCGAUGAGACCCAGAACAAGAUAUGAUGUUUCUGAGUUCACUGGGACAUUUUUUUUUUUCCUGAAUGAUAAAUUAACACUGAACCAUAUGUCAUGUCAUCUACAUAUUGUAUAAGCAUUAACAAUGCCAUGCACUUCAUAAUCUAUUCCAGAGUAUACAAGGAACGUUCUCGUUUUUCUCAGAGAGGACAACAUUGUGUCUUAAAGACUGUACACUUAUCAUAGCCCACCUUAGACAGAACAGAGAGUUCCUUCUUAAAUGUGGUGCUCAGGCGUAUUGUUCGAAUCCACCGUAUAUUGCUGCUAUUCAGAGUUUUGAAUGUCUAUAGAGAUGCUGCAAAGGCAUUGAGAAUAGAGUUCUAUUAUAUA